AUGGCUUACUUGUGCAGCGGUUGCAAUGACGAGUGCCACGCGGGCCUGCCCCUGAGGCACAACAUAGUCUCCGCGGCCCAGGCUGUCAAGGAGGGCAUCGCCCCCUCGUCUGCCGCAGCCGCGCCCGUCGCGCCCUGCGUUGAGCACUCGGCGUGCGGCGAGAGCUCGCCCACCCUGCCAGGCGACUGCUCCGGCGCCGCCGACGCGUCGGCCGCGCCCGCGGCGGCGCCCGCCCCCAAGGCGGUGCGCCGCGUGUCUGAGGACAGCGCGCAGCGCGUGCCCGAGUUUGACGCCGCCGUCGUCCCCGCCGCCCUGGACUGCGAGCUGCCCAAGGGCCAGCCCAUGGACAAGGCCGCGCUCGCCAAGUCGAUCUGGGGCAAGGAGCUCGACGUGAGGCCGCACGCACUGCCGCUGCUGCUGUUGCCGCGCCGCUGUUGCCCAAAUCCGCAAGCACCCACUCCGCACCCCCCCCCCUAA